GCCAAGAUGGCGGCGGCGGCGGGGCAGCGCCGUGGGCCCGGCGGGCGCUGAAGCCGCUUCCGCCGCCGCCGGCUCUCCAGCAGUAAAAAUGGCGGAGUCGGUGCUGGAAGUUGUGGGCCGGCUCCAGGCGCGGCUGGCGGGCAGCGCCGAGCCCAAGAAGCUGCUGAAGAGUCUGAAGAGGCUGUCAGAGCUGCCCAUCACAGUUGACAUUCUCGUGGAGACAGGAGUUGGGAAGACUGUGAACAGCCUGAGGAAACACGAGCUCGUGGGAGACUUUGCCAAGGGGCUUGUGGCCAGGUGGAAGAAGCUGGUGCCAGUGGCCCAGGAGGCAGAGCGAAAUAACCUGGACUCUGAGGACCGUGACUACGAGAGGAGCAGCUCGAGCAAAAGGCAUCAGGAAUCCUCCCUCAGGGAGGAUGAGGAGGUUGAUCAGGAUUACUCAGAACCCUUCCAGCCUUCUUGCAGCCAGUCCUACAGCCCAGACCACAGGGAAAAGAAGUCCAAAAGGCAUCCUAGGCCUGAGAGAGCCCACGAGACUUACGGCUACAGCAGCCAGGGGAAGGGCUGGCGCAGACCCUCCCCGGCGCUCUCCUCGGACCAGGAGUACUCGGACUGUGGGCAGGCUGUGUCCCCUGAGCCCAGUGAGAGCCCCCAGGACGUGGACACAGACCCCUAUGCCUCUGAGGAGCAGGAGGAGCCAGCUCUGUUCCCUAGGAAAGCCAGCAAAGGCCACGGCUUGCAGGAGAAGCUGGGGGCGGGCCGGGAGCGCGGCGAUGUCUGCGACAGAGGCAGCGCCAGCCGGGGCAAGGAGCACAAACCCUCGCACAAGAAGCAGCGCCUGGACGGCAGAGGGGACGACAGGAGCUCUGCCUUCAGCCCAGAGAGGCUGCACAAGGCCUGUCUUAAAGAGCAGCUCCGAGAAUCCCCCGUGGCAGCAGCGGGAAAGGAGAAGCAGAGGAUGUCAGAGGGCGGCAAAAAGGAGAAGAGUCGGGAGAGCGGCGCGCCCAGGAAGGAGAAGUCGCACCCGGAGGAAUCUUUGGACAACCACGUCAAGAAGCAAAAGCAUCGGGACUCUGAGAAGAGCAAAUUGGAGAAGUCCAAGCAGAGCCUGGAGAGCUCGAACUCAGAGAAACGGAAAGCUGAGGGUGAUAACAGGAUCAAGGAAAAGGGGGGUUCUGGGAGCUUAAAGUCUUCGGAGGGGAAGCGCAAAAUCUCCGAUGUGGACAAAAAAUCAGUGGGUUUUUCCCCAAAUUCUGGGGAAGGGGAGGCAGAGGAUGAGUUUGAGCAACCUACGAUGUCGUUUGAGUCAUAUCUCAGCUAUGACCAGCCCCAGAAAAAGAAAAAGAAAGUGGUCAAAUCCUCAGCUGGGUCAGCUGGGGACAAAGACCGAGGGCACAGCAAACAGAAUGGAUCCAAAGCCAGUACCAACAGCUCGAGCUCCAGUCAGAAAAGUACCAGCCACAAGAGAACAAGUGAGAAAAAGGCAGAGAAGAAACCCCCAGAGCCUCCUAAACCAAAGAGGAUAAUUUUAGAUGUGGUACCGACGUUGCCAGACAUCCCCCUGCCCCCCAUCCAGGCCAAUUAUCGUCCUCUGCCCUCGAUUGAGUCCAUCACCUGCUCCCAGACAAAAAGGAAAGCAGUGUCCUCACCAGUGGAGGAGAGCGAGGCAGGCUUCACAGGCCGACGGUUAAACUCCAAAAUGCAGGUGUACUCUGGCUCCAAAACUGCCUACCUCCCAAAGAUGAUGUCCCUGUACCAGCAGUGCAUCAGAGUCCUCAGCAACAACAUCGACUCAAUCUAUGAAGUGGGUGGUGUCCCGUUCUCCGUGCUGGAGCCGGUGCUGGAGAGGUGCACCCCGGAGCAGCUGUACCGCAUCGAGGAGUGCAACCACGUGCUGGUGGAGGACACGGAUCAGCUGUGGCACAACCACUGCCUGCGGGACUUCAAGAACGAGAAGCCCGAGGAGUUCGAGUCGUGGCGGGAGAUGUACCUGCGGCUGCACGACGCGCGCGAGCAGCGCCUGCUGAUGCUGGCGCGCAACAUCGGCUCUGCCCACGCCAACAAACCCAAAGGGAGAGUGGCCAAGAUGGCAUUUGUGAACUCUGCAGCCAAGCCCCCUCGGGAUGUGCGCAGGAGACAGGAGAAGUUUGGAACUGGAGGCCCUGUUCUGCCAGAGAAAACCAAAAUAAAACCAGUCCUGUACACAUCCAGCAAAAGCCACGCUCGGGCGAGUGACGAGCAGUCCUACGACGGGCCCAGCACCAGCAGUGCGCACUCGGUCCCGUCUUCAGGUAGCACCUUCUCCUCCUACGACCCCAGGAAACCCCCUGUGAAGAAAAUUGCACCAAUGAUGGCAAAGACUAUCAAAGCUUUCAAAAACAGGUUCUCUCGGAGAUAAGUUUGCAGUGCUGAGCUGGGCCUUUCUCUCUUGGGGAGGAGUGGCACUGAAGGGGGAGAAGGUACCCAAACAGCCCUUCCUUAUCUUUGAACUCUUUGGAGGCUGCAGCUGCUGGGAGAAGCUUCGAUCUGCACAAGAUGACGGCACAGUAUUUUAUCUUUUAUUCUGGUCCCUUUCUCAGUGUCAAGCCCCCUUCUUUUACCCCCUGUCCUCAACAUUCUGUUUCUGGCUUUGUCAUCCAUCGAAAGAAGGGUGUACUGAAUCUCCUGACACAGGAAAAUGUGAAAUCUUGGCACCUGCUGAGAGUGGAAGAUCCAGAGACUUAUUUACUAUUUAACCUCUUAAUAAAUUAUAAAAUGGUUUUAAUUAAUAUUUUGCCCCUCUACCCUGCUGUGUUAUUUAUGUUGCUCCCAGUAGUCUCUCCCCUCCCAAGCCAGUCCUGGGGUGAGCCUUGGUGGAGCUGGAAUCCCUCUGAGUGGACUCUGGGUGUCACAGGAGCCUUUCCUGUGAUCUGGUACCUGCUGGGCCCAAAGUCUCACCUGGAGGCUCUGGGACAGGCAGGACCAGUGGCCCAGCCACUUGUCAGCCCUGAGGCUUUGCUCCCUGCUCGUGUGUGUCAAUAAAAUCUGAGCUCUUCUCUGUGCUGUUGCUGUAGAUCCUGUUCAGGUGCUUCUGUGGUCCUGCAGGGAUGCCAAGAGCCUUUGGGGACGUUUCCUCUGCUGCUGUUGUCUUCUGCUGGCUGCUGGGAAUGAAACUGCCAGGGAUUUGGGAGAAGUUUUACUGUGCACCAAGUCAGAUUUUAACUUUUUAUCUGGAGAGAGAUAGGGAACUUUGCAAUGGAGAACAGUUUUUAAAUACCAGUGAAGGCAUCAUUUGCCUCUUUUAGUGGGAAGAAGGAGUAUUUCUGUCUUGUUUUCUGUGUGGAAUUGCAAAGGAUUUAUUUCCAGUUGGGAAGCUGGUGCCUAAAUCCUGUACGCUUUGCUCUGUGCCCUCUUUGGAAAAAUCCAAGGAUUUUGGUCUUUGAACCUGAAACCACUUGAAUGAGGAUGGAGGGAAGUGAGCAACAGUGGUGACACUUGUGUGUCCUUCAGAGCAGGAGUUCCAGCAGCUCCCCUGUGCCUGGGGUGUGAGGAGCUGGAGCUCAGGGAGGAGAAGGUGCUGGAUGGGGCUGGUGGCAGCGUCAGGGAGUGCCCUGGAGCUCCUGGAGGGGCAGGAGCCCUGCUGAGGGUGUGAGGAUGGCAGCCAGGCACAGCCAGGAGCUGGGCACAGCCAGGAGCUGGGCACAGCCAGGAGCUGGGCACAGCCAGGAGCUGGGCACAGCCAGGAGCUGUGUUUUGGGAAGGUUUCUGCUCGUGGGCUGUGUCUGGGGAAGCUCUGUGCUCGUGUUUUGUCUGCCCCAAAGGGAACCCCAGCACAGGAUGGGGCUGGGGAGACCCCAGGUGUCACCCAGGCCUCUCUGGGAGGGCUCCGGGGUCCGACUGGGUCGGAGAGGGGAGGGAUUCUCCUGUUCCAAGCCAUAUUUGCUGCCCUAAGACUUUGCUGUCUGGGUGGAAAAGAUGCUGGUAGUGUGUGCUGUUGUUGUUGGCAGCUCCUGAGAAGCUCUGCUGCUGGCUUUCCGUGGCUGCCAAAUCCCAAACCGGUGGAGUUGUCUGUGUGCACUGACCGGGGGAAACCUUGCUGUGAAGGGUCCUCGCUGGAGGGCUCUAGAAAAAUCCCUGUUUUGCUUCUGGUUUCUGUUUGCUUGUUUGUUUCUUUUCUUUUCUUUUUUUUUUUCCUCCUCCUUUAAAAGAAAUGUCUUUCUUUAGAACCAUUCUGAACGCCUGUCUGCUGUUUAUUUGGUCUGUUCUUUGUUUAGUUUGAAAUUCUUGGAAAAAUGUUCUCAGACUCUCACGUGCUGUAAGUUUGUUACAGUCCCAGAUGCUUUAAUGUUAUCGUGCAGCAUUUCAGUGUGUGUUGUGCUGUAAAAUAAUGGCUCCUUACUCUCCUGCGUUUUUGCUGUAUUUAAUUUUUGCUGUAUUUUUAAUUAGAUAACAAUAUAUUCUCUUCUGCUGA